CCUAUAAUUGGGGACCUUUUAUGAAAUUUACUCUUUUUAAAAAUAAAAAGUUUAAAUUACAUUGUUGGAAAAAACAAAAAGAGUUUACAAGGAAGUAAUUUGGGAGGGGAGCUGCGCAGAAGAUGAUGACGAUGCCCAAUCUGGCUGCGCCGAGCUUCGCGCAAACGAAGAAGGCGGUAGACGAAGAGGAUGCAGGCGAAGAAGAAAAGAUUGUGGAUGGGCUAGGAUUAUACAAAGGGAAAGUGAGGAUAGUGAACUGCCAAGAGCCAGCAGAGGAGACGAUGCUGCUAUGGGGAUUACAACAGCCAACUCUCUCGAAGCCCAACGCCUUCGCCAAACAGUCCUCCCUCCAACUCCGCCUUGACUCCUGUGGCCGCUCUCUGUCCAUUCUUCAGUCCCCUUCUUCUUUGGGAACUCCCGGAGUAACUGGUUCAGUAAUGUGGGAUAGUGGAGUUGUUCUUGGAAAAUUCUUAGAGCAUGCUGUGGAAUCCGAAGCAAUUUCGCUGCACAAAAAGAAGGUUGUUGAAUUAGGAUCUGGCUGUGGAUUAGUGGGGUGCAUCACUGCCUUUUUGGGUGCUCGGGUUAUUCUUACUGAUCUCCCAGAUAGAUUGAGAUUACUGAAGAAAAAUGUUGAAGCUAAUUUGUAUGGAGAUGUAAAAGGUUCGGCAACAGUGACUGAACUCACUUGGGGAGACGAACUCGAUCCUGUUCUGCGUAAUCCUUUGCCUGAUUAUGUUCUGGGUUCGGAUGUCAUUUAUAGCGAAGCAGCAGUAAUGGAUUUGUUGGAAACGCUAAAAGACCUGUGCGAUUCUCAUACAACAAUUGUUUUAGCUGGUGAACUUAGAAAUGAUGCCAUCCUUGAAUUCUUCUUGGAAGCAGUGUCAAAGGACUUCAUUGUGGGGCGUGUUGAUCAGAUGCAUUGGCAUCCAGAUUACCUCACUCCGCGUGUCGUGAUUUACAUUUUGGUGAAGAGGUAGAAAUAUGGAAACCCAAAUGUUACCUUUGUGCCGGAGCCGUUGGAUCAACGACUUAGGUCCCACUAAUCGAGAUGCUAGGCCCACUAUGCCUGUCGUUGGAUGACUAAGGUUGGCUACGCAGAGUGCCGCAUGGUAGAGAAUCUGCUUCUUAUCCAUUCAUGGUUUGGUUCUACUUGACGCCUUUCAAUAUUUCUAGGGCAUUGCUUAAGUUAUUGUUUGCUUUGUAUUGAGAAAGUCUUGAUGUUUUGUAAAACAACAAACAAACUCAGUAAAAUCCCACAGAAAGCUGGGUCAGUGGAGGGUGUGUGUGGAUCCAGACUUUACCUCUACUCGAAACUAGAGAUUGUAUCCAUAUAAAAGAGGUUAUUUUGG